UGCUGGGAAUCCUCAGAUACGCGAGAAAAGUUUUUAGGGAAACCACAAGGGGGAUCUCUUUCUCUCUGUAAGAUCUAAGUCUUUUUCAUAGAAAGCGAUCGAUUUUCCGACGAUUUUGAUUGUUUCCUGGUUGAUCUGAGAAAUCCGACUUCUUCACGACGUGCUUCGCCGGAAAAUUAGCUAGAGAUCUCAUUUUAUAGGAAUGGCUUCGGCACCAGCUUCAACAGGAUGGUUGAAAGCGAGAGUAAAAGCUGUUCCUUCCGGUGAUUGUUUGGUGGUUAUGGGCUUAAAUGCAAAGACAGAGAUACCGCCCGAAAAGACAAUAACUUUGUCAUCUCUAAUUCUCCCUUUUGUGUUACAGGCUCGUAGGGGUACUCCGGAUGAGCCAUUUGCAUGGGAAAGUAGAGAAUUUUUAAGGAAACUCUUGAUUGGACAGGAAGUUCGCUUCAAAAUUGAUUACACAGUGCCAUCUAUUGGCCGAGAAUUUGGUACCAUUUUCCUCGGUGAUAAAAAUGUUGCUGCCUUGGUUGUUGCUGAAGGUUGGGCAAAGGUAAGAGAACAGGGCCAACAGAAAAAUGAGGUGAGCCCUUUCUUAGCAGAAUUGCUGAGGCUUGAAGAAAUAGCUAAGGAGCAAGGGUCGGGGCGUUGGAGCAAGGAACCUGGUGCUUCAGAGGCAGCUGUUAGGGAUUUGCCUCCUUCUGCAAUUGGGGAUCCGAGUAGUUUGGACGCCAUGGGUCUCUUGGCUUCGAACAAAGGAAAACCCAUGCAGGCAAUUGUGGAGCAAGUUCGUGACGGAAGUGCUGUGAGAGUGUAUCUGCUCCCAGAAUAUCAAUUUGUUCAAGUUUUUGUCGCUGGAAUCCAGGCCCCAUCAAUGGGGAGAAGGGCUGCUGUGGAAACUGUGCUUGAAUCUGAGGAGACGACUAAUGAAGCAAAUGAAGAAGUUUCAGCAGAUGCCCGGACUUCUCUAACAUCAGCGCAAAGACUUGCAGCCUCUACAGUAGCCUCUACUGAUGUUUCACCAGACCCAUUUGCAAGGGAGGCUAAACACUUCACAGAAGUUCGUGUUCUAAACAGAGAUGUACGUAUUGUCCUGGAAGGUGUAGACAAAUUCAGCAAUUUGAUUGGUUCAGUCUACUACCCCGAAGGCGAUUCAGCAAAGGAUUUGGCAUUGGGGCUUGUAGAAAAUGGCUUGGCCAAAUAUGUCGAGUGGAGUGCGAACAUGAUGGAAGAGGAUGCCAAACGUAGAUUGAAGAAUGCCGAGCUUCAAGCCAAGAAGGAUCGAUUGAAAAUAUGGACAAACUAUGUCCCCCCUGCCACAAAUUCAAAGGCCAUUCAUGACCAGAACUUCACUGGAAAGGUGGUGGAGGUCGUAAGUGGAGACUGUGUUAUUGUGGCUGAUGACUCAGCCCCAUAUGGCAGCCCUUCAGCUGAACGGCGAGUCAACUUGUCAAGCAUUAGGGCUCCAAAAAUGGGAAAUCCACGAAGAGAUGAGAAACCCGCUUCAUAUGCACGUGAAGCCAAGGAAUUUUUGCGCACUCGUCUAAUAGGUCGACAAGUAAAUGUAUCAAUGGAGUACUCUAGAAAGGUUAGCUUGGCUGAUGGCUCCAGUGCUGCACCCAGUGCUGGUUCAGGAGAUUCUAGGGUUAUGGACUUUGGGUCUGUCUUUCUUGCGUCUCAGACCAUGGUUGAUGGUGAUGAUGUCCCUACUGGGAGCCAAGCACAACAGGGAAUCAAUAUUGCUGAGUUAGUGGUUAGUCGUGGAUUUGCCUCAGUGAUCAGGCAUAGGGACUUCGAGGAAAGGUCAAAUUAUUAUGAUGCUUUGCUGGCUGCCGAGUCUCGUGCAAUCAAUGGAAAGAAAGGGAUCCAUUCUGCCAAGGACCCUCCUGUGAUGCACAUAACCGAUCUCACAGCAGCAUCUGCAAAAAAGACAAAGGACUUUCUGCCCUUUCUUCAACGUAGUAGAAAGCUUCCAGCUGUUGUGGAAUAUGUAUUAAGCGGGCACAGGUUCAAAUUGCUAAUUCCUAAAGAAACUUGCAGCAUUGCCUUGUCCUUUUCUGGUGUUCGGUGUCCUGCACGUAAUGAGCCAUAUGCAGAUGAGGCUAUUGCUUUCAUGAGGAGAAAAAUAUUGCAGAGGGACGUUGAGAUUGAAGUAGAAAAUGUUGAUAGGACUGGAACCUUCUUGGGGUCGUUAUGGGAGUCGCGAACCAACAUGGCUGUGACUCUACUUGAAGCCGGACUAGCGAAGUUUCAAACAUCUUUUGGCUCAGACAGGAUACCUGAUGCUCACCUUCUUGCACAGGCCGAACAAAAGGCAAAAAAGCAGCGCUUGAAGAUUUGGGAGAAUUAUGUUGAAGGACAAGAACCCAAUGGUAGUUCAAUGCCGGAGACGAAGCAGAAGGAAGUAUUAAAGGUUGUGGUUACUGAAGUCCUAGGUGGGGGUAAAUUCUACAUCCAAUCUGUUGCGGAUCAGAAACUGGUUUCUAUUCAGCAGCAGCUGGCCUCAUUGAACCUUCAGGAAAAGCCUUUGAUUGGUGGUUUUAACCCUAAGAAAGGAGAUAUCAUCCUUGCACAGUUUAGUGCAGAUAAUUCUUGGAAUAGAGCCAUGAUUGUAAAUGCACCAAGAGGAGCUGUAGAAUCAAUGGAUGACAAGUUUGAUGUCUUUUACAUCGAUUAUGGAAAUCAAGAAACUGUUCCUUUUAGCCAUUUACGACCUCUCGAUCCCUCAGUCUCUUCCGUACCGGGCCUUGCUCAAUUAUGCAGCCUUGCUUACAUCAAGGUGCCUGCCUUAGAAGAGGAUUUUGGCCAAGAAGCAGCAGAGUACCUGAGUGAGUGCACUCUUAAUAGCUCUAAAGAGUUUGCUGCCAUGGUUGAGGAGAGAGACACAUCAGGAGGAAAAUCUAAAGGCCAAGGCACUGGAACCAUUCUCCAUGUGACACUGGUCGAUGUGCAAGCCGGUUCUAGUAUCAAUGCUGCCAUGCUUCAGGAAGGGUUUGCCAGGCUAGAGAGAAAGAAGAGAUGGGACACAAGGGAGAGGCAAUCUGCUCUUGACAAUCUUGAAGAGCACCAAGCAAAGGCAAAGAGGGAGAGGCUUAACAUAUGGCAGUAUGGAGAUGUUCAGUCCGAUGAAGAGGACAACGCUCCCCCUUCGAGGAAAGGUGCCGGUCGCCGAUAAAUCAUAGAUUUAGGCACCUACCACAAAAAAAAGCAACAGGAAAGAUAUUAUCCAGUGGUGAUCAGAGGUGAGUCAAAUUCAAGCCCACAGUUCAGGGAAUAGUUUAAGCUAAAUAAUAGAGAACAGAGGAAUUUUUAUGACUUAAAAACCAUAGAGGAGAGCUACUUUGAUUUUUGUUUGUUUUUUUUUUUUCUCUUCCAUUUUUGCCUUGUUUUUCUCUUUUAUUUUUUUUUAUUUUCCUGCGGAACAUUGUUUUUACAGGUAUGAAUAAGAUAAAUUCCAUGUUUUUGGCGUUAUCAUUAA